AUGGACGCUGAUAAGAAGCUGUUGCGCUCUACAAGAUACGAAGCUCCGAAUAUCAAGCUCCGUCUGGAUGCUUCCCAUUUUAUGCGGUGUUUCGAGCUGGGCAUCACUCAUGUCCAGUAUGUGCUCUAUUCGAGGUUCGCAUUGGACCGCAGGUCCGACUGCAGUGCGGCGGCAUUUGCCAGCAUGGAGAACUCCGAAGUGCAGGACAGCUAUUUGGAGGCCGCGACUAGCGUCACUCUGUCAUACUUGAGGGAUUGGACAGGCUCAUCUCUCGUCCACGCUCUGAAGACUCAAAAACUGCAUAAUCUAUCCCGAGUCGAUGGCGAACUAGCUCUUGAGCGUGACCAGUAA